AUUCGUCUACACACUUGUGGCUUAAGUCGUAAACAUGUGUGCACGUUUUAAUACGCAUCAACCAGCAGCCGCAGCACCUUAUUGUUAUUGAUAGUGUCGCUGCUUUCGCGUUCGUUCGUUUUGGGUCAGUUGGAACGUUGUCGUCGGUCGUCGUUUGUCGUCGCAGAUUUUGAGAGUCGCUGUCGCGUCAGCUGAAUCGCUGGGCUUGGAAUUCUGUCGCCAGAUUGGGGCGUGUACGGCCGCGCGCGAUCAUCAUGGCGUUCUUCUUCAACUUUGUGGCCAUCUGUACGAUUUUGUACUUCCUGGUCCAGUUUAUUCUGUGGUUCGUGCUGGACUCGGACAUUGAACUGUUCCUUCGGUCCAAAUUGGGAAAGCCAAUUUCCUCUCUCAAAGGAAAGGUAGUAUGGAUUACGGGGGCCUCCAGUGGAAUCGGUCGUGAGUUGGCACUCGCCCUGGCCAAAAACGGCGUUCGACUGUGCUUAUCUGCGCGCAACAUUUCGGAGCUGCUCAAGGUUAAGCAAGACUGCAUCACCCAGUCCAAUGGAGCUCUCGGCCCGAACGACGUGUACGUGCUCCAGAUGGAUAUGCUGGACAUUAACCACCACAAUGACUACUUCAACAUGGUCAUAGAUCACUUCAAGUCGCUGGACAUCCUGGUCAACAACGCCGGACGAUCGCAGCGGGCAGCCUGGAAUGCGAUCAACGUCAAGGUCGAUCGUGAACUGUUCGAGCUGGACGUUUUUGCCGUCGUUCAUCUAUCCCGGAUUGCGCUCAACUUUUUCGUCCGAAAUUCGAUCAAAGGCCACCUGGCGGUCACGAGCAGUACUGCGGGGUUGAUUGGGGCUCCCAACUCGGCGAGUUACACCGGAGCGAAGCACGCGCUGCACGGCUACUUCGAAACUCUUCGCAACGAACCUUUCGAGUGCAAUGUUACGAUCUUCUGUCCAGGACCAACGGCCACUAACUUCCUGCAGGAAUGCUUCACCGACACUCCGGGAGCCAAAUACAACCAAUCCGUCCAGCCGGAGGACAAACGCAUGACCAGCGCGCGGUGCGGCUAUCUGUACGCGGUGGCCCUGGCCAACAAGACCCACCUCAGCUGGGUCGGCAACUUCCCGAUCAACGCGAUCUGCUACAUCGGCUGUUACUACCCGAACGUGAAGAAGCUUGCGCUGAAAAUUGUUGGCAUGAGGCGUCUCAACCAGGUGCGAGAUAGUCGAUGAUCGCGCUGUUUCACACUUUCAACUUCACCUACACUCCAUGGAACGGAAGAAGCUGCGGGUUCGACGCCACGUGGCACGAGUGGAAGCUAUACCGUUCGACUCGAGCACAACAACACUGCAAACAGCAUGAUUGCGUGUUUAACUAGAAGCGAUUUAUAGUUAUUAGAUAGCACACUUAAAAGGCACUCGAUCGCCGUUUGUUAUUAGAGUUCGAGAUAAUUUAUAUUGAGAGUAGUUCAGCUUAGAGAAUCCGUCACUAAUUAAUUAAUUGUUAAUUGCUUAAACAAUGCCAUAUUAAAACAAACAAAAAUGCAUUUUGUCCCAACUCAUAAGCAUUGAAUGUAGAAACAUCAUCAACCAGCGUUAUUGUAAAGAAUGUAAGGUUUUAAUAAUUUGAGAGUAUUUAUUUUUGGAGCACCAAAUAAAUUGUAGUCAAGAAGCAGUCGCAAAAAAAA